CUUGGGAAUCAGGUGCGUGUGGACCUGCAGCCCCAAGCCAUGUCCUGCUGCAACCCGUGCCAGCCCUGCCAGCCCUGUGGCCCGACCCCGCUGGCCAGCAGCUGCAACGAGCCCUGUGUCAGGCAGUGCCAGAGCUCCAACAUCGUCAUCCAGCCCUCCGCCGUGGUGGUGACCCUGCCCGGCCCCAUCCUCAGCUCCUUCCCGCAGAACACCGCCGUGGGCUCCUCCACCUCCGCUGCCGUUGGCAGCAUCCUCAGCUCUGAGGGAGUGCCCAUCAACUCCGGGGGCUUUGACCUCUCCUGCAUCACCAGCCGCUACUGCGGCAGCAGGUGUCGCCCCUGCUAAAGGUGCUGGCAACAGCUUUGGGCAAGAACCUUCAGGACCUCAGAACAUGGACCGGAGAUGGAGC